AUGGCCUACCUGACGGACGCCCGGUACAAGGCCAUAGGCCAGACGGUACUGUACAUCCCCUCCGAGGACCUGUCCCGCCCCGUGGAGGACAUGGCGAAGGACAAGGACCUGGUGGAAAGGUUGGAGGCGGCGAUGGUGCACUGGAUCCGCCAAAUCAAGGAGAUGCUGAGCAGCUUGGACUCGAUCGAGAUGCCAGAAAAAGCCGGCCCGCUGGACGAGAUUCACUUCUGGAACGAUCGCUGUAAGGACCUGUCAGGCGUUAAGGUACAGCUGGACAGCGCGGUGGUGAAGAAGAUGAGCGAUGUUUUGGAGCACGCGAAGUCUUCUUAUAUCGGCCGUUUCAACCGGCUGGCCCACGAAAUCCAGGACGGAUCACAGCAGGCCGAGAGCAACAAACACUACCUGAGCCUGCUGCAGGAGCCAUGCGAGGAGCUCAGCAAGUCAUCGCCGGACGAGAUGGCCGGCCAGCUGGAGCACGUGCUCACUCUGAUACGCGUUGUGUGGAACAACUCGCCGUACUACAACACCAGGGAGCGCGUGACGGGCAUUCUUCGUCGCGUCAGCACCGAAGUCAUCAACGUUUGUCAGAACGUCAUCUCCAUCGACGACAUCUUCAACGGCCGCUGUCGCUCCUCCAUUCGAACGCUCGAGCAGUGCAUCGACUGUUCGAUGGCCUGGAAAAACAUCUACAAAAAGACGGCGCGCGUCCACCACAAGAUGUCUGAGCAGGGCUGGGUGCUGGAUGUGACCACAAUAUUCGCCGAGCUCGACGCCUUCACGCAGCGCUGCAAGGACCUCAUCGAGAUCUGCAACAGUCAGAUGUACCUCAACAGGAUGGAGGACGGCGAGCAGGUGCCGCUGCCACUGUUCGCUGGAGCCCGCGGCCCGGAGAUCGCGCGCAGUAUGCAGGAGCUGGAGCGCGUGUUCUCCGCCUGUCUCAAGGACAUCGGCUCCAACAAGCAGAUCAUCUCCGACAACCGCUCCACUCAGUGGCUCAACGAGUUCAGAAAGUUCCGGAUGCGGGUCAAAGACGUCGAGGUGAUGCUCACCAACAUCAUCGAUUGGUCAUUCGAGACGGUGCGCACGGUGGAGGAGGGUGUGCUGCUGCUCUCCUGCUUCCGGCGCUACGCCAACCGAGAGAUGAUACGUCGCAUUUUCGACAUGAAGACGGUCCAGGUGUUCGAGAUAUUCGCGGACGAGCUGCAGGCGGCGCGGCGCGAGCUGUCCCAGAAGGCGUUUCGUCUCGAGCCUACCUACCCAUACUACGCUGGUCAGGCGAUCUGGGCCAUGUCUCUGGUGCGCCGCAUUCAGAUGCCGAUGCAGGCGAUCCAGUCGGCGCCGUGGCUGCCCAAGAUCGGCAUCGGCGACGAGACGAAGGAGCAGCACCGUCAGCUGAGUCUGGCCGCAGCCGAUGUCAUCACCAAGACGCACGCCGACUGGUCGAGCUCAGUUGAGCCGUGCCCGCUGCAGCGGCUGGACCAGCCGCUGCUCACCAAGAGUCUGGAGCGCGCUGGCUGCAUUGAGCCCAACUUCGACCGGUACCUGCUCAAGCUGUUCCAGGAGGUGUUCUAUUGGGAGCGGCUCAACAUGGAGAUUCCGCCGCAGUGUCAUGACGUCUUCCGGCGUCGCGAAGAGAUGCGCCACCUGCGCGAGGCCGUCGGGCUGCUCUGCCGCGACUUCAACCACAUCGUCGCUUCGCUGUCGCAAGAUGAGAGACUACUUUUUCGUGAUCGCAUCAGCUUCCUGAGCCGAAAGCUGGCGCCAGGCUUCAGCAAGCUGCUGUGGACCGGCAAGGGUGCGGCGGAGGCCUUUAUUAAAGAGUCCCGGCAAGGCGCGGCCAAGGUGCAGCGCAUCGUCGACCACUACAAACUAGCCAACCGGCAGAUCAUGGAGAAGUGCAUGGCGGUGGCGGAGUCCUGGCUCGUCGACAUCGACACCAACCGCGUGUACACCUUCACGGAGCUUCAGGAGACGCAGGCGGAGCACAGGAAGAAGACCUUGGAGCUACUUAAACAGGUGCAACAGGAGAUCAUAGAGAUUCUUAGCACAAUGUUCGAGUACUUCAAGAACGACUCGCAAACCGUCAUCCAGCAUUGGGGCAAGUACCUGGGACGUAUCAGCCUGGCCCUACUGGAAUCGAUCCGGCACAACGUGCAGAAGUCUCUGACAGCGCUCAGCAAGAUAAUCAACGUGGACAGCAAGUCGGGGUCGGUGGCGCUCCUCAGCGUCAAGGUUCUGCUGGUGGAGAACAAGAUCGAGCUGGAGCCCAGCGUGGCGGAAAUGGCCGAGCUGUUCUGCUCGUACAUCCAGCUGAUCGCCGCCGAGUUUGAGUCGUGGCAGCACAUCCCUGGGAUGCUGGGCCACGAGGACCGCAACCCGCCGCAGGCGACCAACUCCAUCAUCAUGACUGACGAGGACGCCAACAAGGUCCAGAUGGCCAUCAACAACGGCAUGGCCGUGGCUGCUGUCCAGCUGCAAAAUUACCUGAAGACCUGGGACACGUUCCGCGACAUAUGGGAGAUGGACAAAGACCUGUUCAUCAAGCGCUACCAUCGCAUGAACCCGACUGUAGCGGCCUUCGAUAGCGAUAUCGCCAGGUACUCUGAGGUGGCGAACAAUGUGCAGAUGCAGGACACGAUCGUGGGCAGUCAGUUUACGCUGCUGGACUGCGCCGGUCUGAAGCACGCCAUCGUGUGUCACUGCACCGAGUGGCAGGAGAAGCUGACGGAGCUGCUGCGGCAGAUCGCUUCCGACAGACUGGUCGAGGUGCAUCAGUACAUCGUCGACAAUACCGCCGGGAUGAAGUACGUACCGCAGAGCCUAGUGGAGCUGCAGGAGAGUAUCAACCUGCACGAGCGACUGCUGCACGAGCGGCCUGAACUGGAGAAGACGUUCCCCACCACGGAGGAACAGUUUGUUGUUCUUGACAAGUACGAGGUAGCCGUAGAUGAGGCAGUGCUGGAGGACCUACGACGCCUGCCGCCAGUCUGGGAGGCCUACUGUGACCUGCUCCUCGAGACCGCCGACACGUUGGAGCAGCACAAGGACAGGUUCCGGACAGGUCUUCUGGCCGACGCUAAUGAUCUGAAGAAGAACAUAUCCAAUUUCAUUGCUGAGUUCAAGCAGAAGGGUCCGUUUACAGACGCGUGGGAGGUCCCUGCCGCCCGAGAGAGCAUUGCCGAGUAUGGCGCUCAGUCAGACGUGUUCAAGGAAAAGGACUUGGAGAUCAAGGCCGGCCUUAAGAUCUUCAACAUCGAGCACGCACUCUCCAAAGAUCUGAAGCGAUUCGACUUGGACCUGGAAGCGAUAGACUCCGUGUGGGCGCUGACCGCCGAGUGGGAGCAGUCCUGGAGCCAGUGGAAGCUGCUGAAGUUCCAGGAGCUCGACACCAUUGAGCUGGAUUCCCAGGCCACGAGCGUGCACAAGCGCUUUACAAAACAGCUGAAGGAGUUCCGUGACAAUGGCUGGGACAUCAUCGAACAGAGCAAGGCACGUGUGGACGCCUUCCGCCGUGCGCUGCCACUCAUUAUGGACCUGAAGAACGCGGCGCUGCGGCCCCGUCACUGGGAGGAGAUCCGGCUCCUCAUCGGCAGGGAGUUCGACGAGAAGGUUGAUCUGACCAUGACACGAUGCAGCAGGGAGUUCGACGAGAAGGACGAUCUGACAAUGACACGAUGCCGCAGGGAGUUCGACGAGAAGGUCGAUCUGACCAUGGAUACCAUCUUCGAAUGGGGCAUGGACCAGUUUGCGGACGAGAUACACAACAUCUCUCAGUCCGCAACGAAAGAAAUGACCAUCGAAAAGGUGAGCCGCCACUCUUGA